AUUUUAUGCAAUCGAUAAUCAACCAAUCUUAUAUAUAAUAAUAUUCUUUAAUUAAAAAAAAAUUAAUAUUAAAAAUGUUUGGAUAUGUAGUAGGAGGAAGACCUGUUCAAACAACAGUUCAAACAAUAUCACAAACAAAAUAUUUUUUUCAAAUUGAAAAUGCAACAGAUGCAAAGGACGUUGCAAUUUUUUUAAUGGACCCAGUAAAUUUCCCAAUUGGAUUUAAUGCAGCAAUUUAUUUAUCAUGGAAACCUUUUACAGAAUGGAAAUAUUUAGGAUUUCUCAACCAAACUAAACCAUCAUCAAUUUUUACAAUUAUUCAACAAUUGGAUAAAACCAUGGCAUUAGGAGAAGAUAAAAAUACAAUUCAAAUAGGUAUCUCUAUUGAAAAUGAUCAAGAGAUUCAAGCCAAAGUUAUAGAGAAUCAAUUAAACGACAAUAUGAUUUUCAAAUCUACAGAUUUUAAACAAUUUGCUUAUAAAAUGUGUCACAAUUUAGUAAACUAUAUUCUUUCUUUCAGCGGUGACGGUGUACCCUCAAAUAUGGUGCCAGCGACAACCGUUAACAAGUGGUAUGAAAAUUUUCAAAAGAAAUUACAAAAUGAUGCUUUGUUUUGGAAAUAAAGCAAUUUAAAACAAUAAUAAUAAAAAAUAAUCAAAUAAUAAUAAUUUUAUCAUUUAAUUAAAACCAAUAGCAAAAAUAAAUAAAAUUCAAAUUGAAAUUUAAAUAGAACAAAAAAGAAAUUAAAUAAAUUUAAUUUUUAUUUAACUAG